AUGAUAAAAUCUUUCUCAAUCGUCAGCAUGCUGUUGGCACCAUUAGUGCUCUCUCAAACAUUUAAGGUAGAAGUCACAAGAAGUGAAGCUGCACUUCCAGAGAAGUUACUUUAACAGAGUAAACUUAACAAAGAAUUUGAAGUAGCUAUCAAUAGGUUUUCUACCUAUAGAUACACCGGGAAAUUUUAUUUUGGAAGCAAAGCUUCAGACGCUGACUUAAUCCUGGAUACAGACUCAGAUUGGAUGCUUGUUGAAUCCUAGCAAUGCGAUGCAUGUCUGCCAACUCAUAGGAGAUACAACCCACUUACCUCUACUACUCAGACUCCAGGUUCAAAUGAGACAUUCAUAUUGUACUUAGAUGAUAACUUCUAUGUCGGAGACGACUAUUAUGAUACUGUUUGUGUCGCUGACUCUUCAAAGUAUUGUGCAAAGGAUUUCAAAUUCAUUGCAGUCACUGAUAUAAACAAGGUGACCUCAGAAUUGGCAAAAAUCGAUGGAGUCGUUGGAUUAGGUCCAGAUGAUCCAUCAAAUGGGCCAUCAUUCAUCGCUGAACUUUACAAUCAAGGUGUCAUUGGAAAGAAAAUGUUUGGCAUUCAAGUAGGCUUUAACUAAAAAUCUGAAAUGAUGUUCGGUGGAUGGGAUGAUACUUGGAUGAAAACUAGAGGAGAAAAUAUCUACUUCUACCCCUAAUCAAACCAAUCAAGAUGGGAAAUUGAAUUGAGAGAUCUUAAGAUGAAAAAUACCUCAUUCUGGGAAGGAUCUAAGAAAGCUGUAAUAGAUAGUUUUAAUGAUUCAAUUACUUUCCCUGAUGCUGAAUUCCAAGUUUUCAAAACUUAUAUAGAAAGUAUUGAUCACACCAUCGACUGCGAUAACACCAAGGGUACUUGCAGAUUCAACGAUGAUUGUACCACAAAAUAUACCAAGUUACCUUAAUUAAGAAUCUAAUUUGGAGAUAUGAACACAUUUGCAAUUAACCCAAAAGACUAUCUCUUUGGAUAGGUUGAUGGAGGUAACCGUGCAUUCUGUACUUUCUUAAUCAAGAAGAACAAUAAGGAUUAUGUCUAAAUAGGCCAACCAUUCCUCAAAAAUUUCUAUGCCAUAUUUGACUUUGAAUCAGGUAGUGUUGGAUUCUUCCUACAUGCAUAUACUAACUCUGAAGUAAAUUCUGAUGGAGUAGAGAGAGUAGUUACACCUUAGCCUCCUAUCACUGAUGAUUCACCAAGUGACGAUAAAUUCCCAAUCUGGGCCAUCAUCCUAAUUGUAGUUGUUUUAAUAGGAGGAUUGCUAGCCCUCGGAGCUGUUGCUUUUAUCAAAAUUAGAAACAAGAGACUACAGCAAAACCUUAGCUAGUACAAUCAACUUGAGGGAACUAAAGGCAAAGCCGGCAAAACUCUCUAGUGA